GUCGCUGUGACAUUUCAGGCCCUUUUUUCACGGUGUUAAUUAUAAAACGUAAAUUUCGCAAGAAGUUUGUUGAUCUACAAAAAAAUGUCUCGAAGUAGUUUUGUAGGAGACGAAAUUUGCUAUCGAACGGUGAAAAGAUCAAGACCUUAGCUCUUUUACUCAGUUGAAAAGUGGAGUUAUAGUGCUAUGACGCUGUGACAUUUUCGUGACGCUAUGACACAAUUUUUUCACAGACUAGUUUGGGGUAGCAAGCGUUAUCGGAUAUGGCUAAUGUUCAUAAAUGAAACAGAUAUUUGUGUUUUUAGGCGACCUUCGGAAGUUCCAGGUCGCUAUCUGGUAAUCGAAGGGAAAAAACUGUACUACAAGUUCAAAACUGUACAAAAUUCGACAAUUUUUUCAUGGCCAUACUACUCAAAAGCACAUGAGCCACUUUGUGGCAAAUUAAAUUUUCUACAUAACCAUCUCUUAAGGAAAUUUUUGAGAAAAUUUCUUGGAUAAAAAACUGAAAAUCCGGUUUUUCAAAAGUUCAAUACCCGUUUUUCGAAAUCAAAUACCGUUUCUUAAAAAUACAAACGGCAAAUGGUUAAUCAGCGUCGAAACCUGCAUCCAGCGUGUCCUUGGAUCUGUCGAUUCAAAAUUUGUUUUCGAAACUUCCGCAUCAAAGCAGCGCGUUAUGUGCACAAGACGCCACGUUCACAUUCUUAAUAUUACGGGAGUCUUCUUUUUAACAAGGUUCAAAAACAUCUUCCAUGUCUGCUGGUAACUAUAUAUGACUUCAAACGCAUCUUUUGGGGCUUUUGAUUGAAUUCCUCGGUAUUAAACACAAAAAACGCUUUUGUGUCAAGAACACUUUACAGAAACUUAUUGCAAGAAUUACGAAAACGUGACUGACAUAACUUGUAGUUUUUAGUGUAUUUUCUCUAGGCCAAUAAAUAUACGUUCAGAUAUUUUGCUUUUAUAAGCCUGAAGUACGCUAAAAACUUUUAAAAUUAAACUUUCAGAUAUUUUUUUUUAACUUUUCAAUAUCUGUUACGCCAUAAAAAUGGACUGACUUUCAACCUAUUCGAAAAAUCAUAGCUAAUAUUGAGUUCAAACGCAAACCUGCUACUUACCUGCUAGCGGGAAUCUUCUUUCGAUAAACAAUACACUUGAUUGCAUCUGAGCAUCGAGACUCUGAAUAGUUCCGUCAGAUUCACUGUACAGCGAACGGGUUUGAUUUAGACCAAAAUACGUAGCCGUUUCACAGGAUGGUGUACCAAGACACUGUUUUCCACAUUUGAGAAGAGUCGACGUUGAAUACCCAGAAAAGGUACGCAGCAGAUUUGAUUGUGCCUGUGCAAGGUACUGACUGUUUUUAAUAAUUUGAAACUGAGCAAAUCGAUCGGCCUGCUGACCAAGACAGGUGCCAAGGAAAAAUAUUAUAAGUCGUAAACAGUAGGUUAACAAGAGGAGAUGUAGUCCAUCUCCUAUGAUGCCGUUUGCUUCUACGAGAAGUCGGCGUUUUUUUUUAAAAUCGCUGAGUAUUUCAGCGUUUUCGAGGGUUUCUACAAUUAACAGCACUUCUGGAACAGAUUUCACAAAAACCGAGGCGCUAUUUGUAACCAGCAUCAAAAACUGACUCGAAUGAUAUGUAAAUCACUCUUUUUUUUUGCAAACUUUUUUUUUUCAUAUUUUACAGCAAAGAUUCGUCUACGGAGUUCAUUAGAAUUUGUUUUUACUUUCAGUCUCGAAUUUUUACGAUUCGCGUUGAAGCAGCAGUAGAGAUAUGGUGAUUUAUGCAAAAUAAAUUGAUAUCAAGCAUAAGAAAACAUAGAUUUUCGCCUGCUCUACGUCGAGUAGCCCACUGUGUUUAACCACUUCAUUGCUCAUAAUCUCUGAGCUGAAGCUAAUCGAUAUACUACAGUCUUCUCUUCUUAGGAUGAAGAACUUGCUCGACAAUUAGUUGAAUUGGGAUACAGAGGUAGUGAUGAAGUAAUUAAGCGCGAAGAAUUUCUCGCAAGAAAAGCCGCCGCCGAAGCUCUACUCUUAUCCCGACGAAUACAGGCACCAAAAUUGGCUAGUGCUAAUAAAGAAAUCACAGAACCAUUAUUGAGAGAGCUCGCAGACACAGAAGAGGCGAAUAGAACUGGGAAAAUGACGGUAAGAAUAAAUCUCGAAAAAUUUUCUGCAAUUGGCAGGCCCUAAUACUUUUCUUUAUUCUUUUGGUGGUAUAGUCUAUCAUAUUUAUUCGUGAUUCGAUAUUCGAUAGCAAAUUUCGUCUCCUACAAAACUACUUCGAGACAUUUUUUUGUAGAUCAACAAACUUCUUGCGAAAUUUACGUUUUAUAAUUAACACCGUGAAAAAAGGGCCUGAAAUGUCACAGCGAC